AUGUCUCCCGAUGAGCUGGAUGGCCCACGCAUCAGGAUCGCCAUCGAUCGUGGUGGUACAUUCACCGAUUGCCUCGGCAUCAUCGAUGGGCGCGAGGAGAUCGUAGUCAAACUACUUUCCCAGGAUCCUGCCAACUAUGCUGAUGCACCAAUUGAGGGCAUUCGUCGCAUCCUCGAACAGGCCACAGGCAAGCAGUUUUCUCGGGACCAGCCGCUGACAACUGCGGAUUUCUCUGAAGUUAGUAUCCGUAUGGGCACGACUGUGGCCACAAAUGCCCUUCUUGAACGCAAAGGAGAGCGCCAUGCUCUCUUAAUCACAAAGGGGUUCAAGGAUGCGCUCCGCAUCGGUAACCAGUCUCGCCCACAGCUGUUCGCGUUGAACAUCCAACGGCCAGAUGUGCUGUAUGAGGAUGUCGUGGAGGUGGAUGAGCGGGUCACUAUCGAAGAUUAUCAGCAAAACCCUACCCCGGACAGGGAAAGUCUGCAAAACUCGUUAAAGGCGGACGCAAAAUUGACUCGAGGUGUUAGCGGCGAAGUCGUUCGCAUCUUGGAGCCACUCGAUGAGUCCAGCACAAGGGCAAGCCUCCAGGGAUUAUAUGAGAGGGGGUAUCGGACAAUCGCCGUCUGCCUCGUACAUUCGUAUACAUUCCAAGAGCAUGAGUUGGCCAUCGAGAAGAUGGCUAAGGAUAUCGGGUUUACUCAAAUAUCCUUGUCUAGUCAGCUUUUGCCGAUGAUCAAGAUGACUUCGCGUGGCGCUUCGGCUACCGCAGAUGCCUAUCUGACCCCCGUCAUCCAGCGGUAUAUCGAGGGUUUCCGUUCUGGAUUUAAGGAUGGCCUGCGCUCGAGCGAUACCCGUUGCGAGUUUAUGCAGAGUGAUGGUGGAUUGGCUAAUUUUGAAAAGUUCACUGGCCUCCGUGCAAUUCUGUCAGGCCCUGCCGGUGGAGUUGUGGGCUAUGCGGGAACUUCGUAUGACGAGAAUGACAGAAAGCCUGUCAUCGGAUUUGACAUGGGCGGCACCAGUACCGACGUCUCUCGCUACGAUGGCAAACUCGAACACACUUUUGAGAACACCAUCUCUGGAGUCCCAGUCAUGGCCCCCCAGCUAGAUAUCAAUACUGUGGCUGCCGGUGGCGGCAGUAUUCUCUUCUGGCGCCAUGGACUAUUCGUGGUCGGUCCCGAGUCUGCAGGGGCGCAUCCUGGACCAGCAUGCUAUCGCAAAGGAGGCCCCUUGACUGUCACUGAUGCGAACUUAUUCCUCGGUCGUCUUUUGCCAGACUACUUCCCCAAGAUAUUUGGCCCCCAUGAGGAUGAGGCCCUGGAUGUCGAAGUGACCAGUCGGAAGUUCACAGAACUGGCAGACCAAAUCAACCAAGAAACCGGCCAAAACAAGAGCCCGGAAGAAAUCGCUUUGGGAUUCAUCCAGGUGGCCAACGAGUCUAUGGCUAAGCCUAUUCGUGCUCUGACAGAGGCCCGUGGAUAUGAUACUUCCGCACAUAACCUGGCAUGCUUUGGUGGCGCCGGAGGACAACAUGCGUGCGCGAUCGCUUCUUCACUCUCCAUCGGCACGGUGAUUAUUCACCAAUACUCGUCAAUUCUGUCGGCCUACGGGAUGGCCCUUGCGGAUGUCGUCCAAGAAGCUCAAGAACCAGCUUCUGGUGUCUUAGAUGAGAAGGCAAUGAAUAACAUCACCGCUCGCAUCGCCGCCCUCAAGUCCAAGGUGACUGCUGCGUUAGGCAGUGACGGCAUCGGGGCUGCUCAUGUGGAACAUGAGGUCUACUUGAAUCUGCGAUACCAAGGCACUGAUAACCUUCUGAUGGUCUUAGAGCCAGACGACGGUGAUUUUGCCGCUGAGUUCAUCAAGCAGCAUAAGCGUGAAUUCUCCUUCACUUUCCCCGGCCGCAAUAUCCUCGUCGAAGACAUCCGUGUUCGUGGCGUUGGAAAGGCAACUUCUGCAACGCCCGAGGCUCCCCAGAAAGAAAUGAAGUCCAUGACAGUCACCAGUAUUGGGGCCGACAAGCAGAACGAUUCCUCGAGCGUAUAUUUUGCCGGAGUUGGUCAAGUCACCACUCCCGUGUUUUUCCUCAACAACCUGAAGCCAGGGGACUUCAUCCAAGGACCGGCUAUGAUCAUCGAUAAAACACAGACGAUUGUCGUUGAGCCCAAUGCAACUGCAACGAUUCUCUCCAGGCACGUUAUUCUGAAUGUGAAAUCAUCGAAGAACCAGACAGAUGACACGACUGUCGUCGAUCCUAUUAAGCUGUCCAUCUUUGGUCAUCGCUUCAUGUCGGUGGCCGACCAGAUGAGCCGCAUGUUCCAGAAGACAUCCGUCUCUACCAAUAUUAAGGAACGUCUUGAUUUUUCAUGUGCGGUCUUCUCACCAGAUGGAAAACUGGUCGCGAAUGCUCCUAACGUCCCGGUUCAUCUAGGAAGUAUGGAAUAUGCAGUUCGGUAUCAGCAUGAGCAGUAUGGAGGUAAUCUCAAACCGGGAGACCAUAUUCUCACCAACCAUCCUCUGGCUGGAGGCACACAUCUCCCCGACAUCACCAUCAUUACUCCUGUUUGGGAUGAGAAAGGCCAGAAUGUUAUUUUCUAUGUCGCGUCUCGAGGUCAUCACGCUGAGAUCGGCGGGAUUGCCCCUGGAUCUAUGCCCUCCAACAGUAAAAUGCUUUAUGAAGAGGGAGCCAUGACAAUGGGCUUCAAAGUCGUUUCAGAAGGCCAUUUUGACGAGGAGCUUGUCCGCAAAUUCCUAUACGAUGACCCAGCCUCAUACCCGGCGUGCAGCGGCACGCGCACGUAUAAUGACAAUGUCUCGGAUCUCAAGGCAGCAAUUGCUGCUAACCACAAGGGUGCAACACUCCUUGAAGGGCUAGUUGCGGAGAAUAGCCUGGAAGCAGUGCACUUCUACAUGGAUGCCAUCAAGCGAAAUGCCGAGGUUGCCGUGCGGGAGCUCCUCAAGUCCAUCGGCCGCAAGAAUCCUGGGCAAGCGCUUCGCUUCUCAGAUUUCAUGGACGAUGGAACGGAAAUCACGUUAGAGAUCCGUAUUGAUCCAGAGACUGGGUCUGCGGAUUUCGAUUUCACCGGCACGGGCCGCGAAACCUUCAAUUGUUUGAAUGCCCCAAAGGCCAUUGCCCACUCGGCAAUUAUCUACGUCCUCCGAUACGCCGCUGUCUGUGCCGGAAACCCGAUCACCUCCCAGCGCAUCACAGAUGUUGUUCUAGGAGCCUUUGGUGCAUGUGCCGCAUCACAAGGCUGCUGCAACAUUAUAUCGUUCGGUAUGGGUGGUGUUGAUCCUAAUACCGGCGUCGAGAUCCCCGGUUUUGGUGUGGGCGAGACCAUCUGCGGUGGCUCUGACGCGGAGGUCUACGAGCUCCGUUACCCUGUCAUUCUGCGCCAAUUCUCCAUUCGUGCAGGAUCUGGCGGCGAAGGUCGUUUCCGCGGUGGAGACGGUGUAAUCCGUGAGCUUGAGUUCCGCAUGCCGCUUUCUGUGUCAAUGCUUAGCGAACGACGGGUCUAUCGUCCGUACGGUCUUGCUGGCGGCGGGUUUGGUCAGGCUGGCUUGAAUCUUUAUGUGAAGAAGGAGCGUGACGGAACUGAUCGCGUGAUUAACAUCGGUGGAAAGAUGGAGCUCGAAGUCCAGCCCGGCGAGCGUAUUCUGAUUCACACACCCGGUGGCGGUGGCUGGGGUGCAGUAUCUGCGGAUAUUGAACCAAACAUUCCGAAGCAAUCUGGCAACCACUCUACGUUCCAGCCACGAGGAAGCGUCCAUGCGUUUACUGCCAUGGCAGAGACAGCGCAAUAA